GUGUUAUAUGGCAUUUGGAACGGACGGACGUUGGCAGCGCAAAAGGAAGUGUGUGAUGUGAUACUGACUUCGAAAUAACACGAAAAAAAAACAGUUUCUGAUUUAAAUAUAGAUACAAACCCAGUGGUAAUAAAAUGUACGUAGUGUUUAUAAUAACAUAAUAAGUGUAGUUUGUGGUUAGACAUAUGAACAGUUUACUAUUCAGUCGUGUUUCCACUGCAAUUUGAAAUUGUGUUUUUGGAUUUCCUGCCGCCAGUUCUUCGCAUGUAUCUGACCCAUGGCGUCCCUUUCUUUGCCCCGUGUCCUUCAGCUAAAGAAAAACAGUUUGGACGCUGAGCGUGAGCACUUUGAGAAGUUUCAGACGCUAGCAGUCCAAAAGGCGACCAACUCUGUGGAGACCCCCGUGAAAGAGAAACAUGUGCGCAGCGCCAUCAUCGGCACCUUUCAGGAGCAGAGCGCCGUCACCUAUUGGAUGGUGGCGAUCCGUCUCCCGCUCCAAGACAAUCGCAUCGUGGCAUGGAAGUUCUGUCACGUGACACACAAACUUCUCAGGGAAGGUCAUCCGGCAUGCCUUGAUGACUCGCAAAGGCACAUCGGCAUGAUACAGAACCUGGGGAAACUAUGGGUCCACUUACGCGAAGGCUACGGCCGCCUCGUGCACCUGUACUGCUCGCUGCUGGUCUGCAAGCUGAAGUUCCACGCGCGCAACCCUCGGUUUCCCGGCAACAUGCAGCUUACGGCCGACGAGCUGGACGCCAUCGCCGAGAACGACGUCAACAACUACUUCCAGUUAUGUGUCGAGUUGUUCGACUAUAUGGACGAUAUUUUGAAUCUACAAGCAGCAGUAUUCGACAGUCUCGGCAACGCACGUGCGAACUCCAUGACCGCAAGCGGGCAAUGUCGACUGGCCGCACUAAUCCCGUGCGCUCAGGACUCGUCGCAGAUCUACGACUGCAACGUGCGCCUGCUAUUCCGACUGCACGCGUCGCUGCCGGCCGACACACUGGCCGGACACCGGGAGAGAUUCCGACAGCAGUUUAAAAAGUUGAGCUCAUUCUACAAGCACGCGAGCAGCCUGCAGUACUACCGCAAUCUGCUGACGCUACCCUUGCUGCCUUCUAACCCACCUAAUUUCCUUAUUCAGAGCGAUUUCGGAACGUACGUGACACCGGUGGUCUCAAUCCCAGAGCCGCCUCCGGACGAAGUGGACGCCGUGGGUUCGCUCAUCGACACCUCCGACACCUUCAGUUUGGCUACAACUCCAGAUAAUAGUGAUGUGAUCGACACCCGGACCACUCCCUCGCCGCAGCCCGACCCUGUGGUGGAGCGAGACAGGCUGAUCGAUCAUCUGCAAAACGAGCUUAAAAGGAUGCGAUUAGAGGUAUCACAAAUGGUGCAAGACCGAAAUACAAUGAUGGCAUCCAUGCGUGAACACUGCUCGAAGCUAGAGGCGCAAAUACACACUACAAAGACUGAACUAGAAGAAGAAAGGCAUAGGGCUGAAGUUUUAGCAGCGGAAACCCCAGAAAUCAAACAAAAACUUACACAGACUGAAGAUAAAGCAAAAAUACAAGACGAGAAAUUCCAGAAGUUAAAAGGAGCGUACACACAGCUACGAGAAGAACAUAUCACACUUAUCAGACAGAAAGCAGAAGUAGACAAGACAGCGGCCAGCUUAAGGGCAGCAGCGGCGCAGCACGAGAGCGCCAAGACCUCCUUGCAGCAGCAACUCAACGACAGGAUGAAAGAUGUAGAAUUACUACAACAAAGCGCAUCAUCGAGUGAAGAAAUCGAAGCCUACAAAAUGCAAAUAGCUAACCUCCGCACGGAACUCGAACACGCCAGAGAAAAGGAAACAGAACUAGAAACCCUUAAAGUCUCCAUGGAAGCAUUGGACAUAGAGAAUAAAACGACAACCAGAGUUCAGCAGGAAAAACUAACAGCACUAGAAAACGAAUUAAAAGAAGUCAUGGAUAAUUUAGAAAAUGUAAAAAAAGAAAGUGAAGAGAAAGAGAUAGCGUUAGCAAAAGUAAAGGAAGAGUUGGUAGGGCUUAGGGAGAAGAGUGGGGAUGAGUAUAAAAAAGUGGUGGAAGAGAGAGAAGCCGCGUUGAAGCAGGUUGCGGAGCUAACUCAGCAGCAUCAACAGGAGAAACAGGAGCAGGACGAUGUAGUUAGCAAUUUGAAAACAGAUCUAGAAAACGCCCAGCAAAAAAUACUAGAAACAGAAUCAAAUUAUAAAAGUUACAUCCUAAAGUUAAACGAUAAACUAGAUGCGAAAAAUAAGGAACAUGAAAAUGUUAUUAAGAGACGUGACGAAGAAUUAAGAGAAACGCUCGAGAAAUUAGUCAAACUAGAUCAAGAUAAAACCGAUGCUGUGGAAGAAUUGAAACAACAACUUGAAAGCGUAAUUACGGAGAAAGAUUCGAAUAUAAAUGAGAUACAGAAAGAACUUGAGGAAAAACAAAGUAGCAUAGGAGAACAAAAUAGUGAAUGCAAUGCAAUGAAAAAUACUAUUUCUGAGCUGGAAACUAAAAUAGAGCAUACAACUAAGGAGCUAGAAGAAGUACAAUCAAAAUUAGAUAAUGUUAUUUUAAACUUAGAAAAUGAGAGAACAGAAUAUGAAUCUAAAUUGAAAGAAAAACAAACACAGAUAGACACAUUGAAAGAUGAAUACAAACAACUAGUACAGAGCACGGAAGAAAUUAUAACAGGUUUAAAAUCUCAGAUAGCCGAAAAAGAUGAACAAGUAAUAUCACUUGACAUUGAAGUGAAUAAUCUUAAAGAUAACGUUUCCAAGCUUGAAGAAGAAUUAAAUGAGACCCAAGCUGAACUAGAGAUUGGUAAAAAUGAGUUACUACAUAUAAGAGAGGAACACGACGCUUUUGUAGAACGGAACGAAAAUAACUUAACUUUAAAGAAUGAAGAGUUAAGGAGCCUUCACAAUGAAAUUAACAAACUUAAGAAAGAAUAUGAAGAAUUAACUACAGAAAAACAAACACAAAGAGGUAAUUUCGAGUUAGAGAAAAAGGAAUUCCUGAAUAAAAUCGAAGAAUUAGACCAGGAGCACUCUAAACUACGUAAUGAUUACGAAACGAUGAAAAACGAAAAGGAUGCAAUAAUUGGUAACCUUAAUGACGAAAUAGUCAAUCUGAAACUGCAAUGUAGCCAAAUACAGGAUAGUAAGGACGAUGAAAUAAAAUAUCUACACAACAAACUUCAAGAUCAUCAAACUGAUUUCGCAUCACAGAUUUCUGAGAAAGAUAUCACAAUUCUAGAAGCGAACAGAAAUAUUGAAGAAUUGAAGGAUCAGUUAGAGGAAUUGCAGACGCUUAGAGCAAAAGAGAAGGAAGAUGCAGAUUUUUUGUUGUCUGAGAAAGAAGGCAAUGCUAAGUUGCUGGAAGUAAGGCUCGGCCACACGGAACGGGAGAGACUGAGCGCGGAGUGUGAGUUGCAGGAUCUGCUGCAACACAACACGGUGUUGGAGGCUGAUCUGACUGCGGCGAGGAUACGGCUGCAGGAGGCGCAGGCGGAGAUUGAGAAACAACGACUAAAGCUAGUGACGACAGCAGGCGCCGCGGCGUUGGAGGUUACCAGUGGAGCGCUGGAACGAGUAACUGCACAGGAUUCCAACCGCGCGGCCGCUGAGCUCGCCGCACAGGCUCUGAAGGAACUGGCCAGCACCACAGAGAUCAAAGGUCACGAGGAAACUUUGGCGCGCUCGGCUAUCUUCGCCGCGCAUAAUGCAGCGCAGCUUUCAGCAUACGUAACAGAAGUGUCCAAUCUCUCCACCGACAUUGAGCUUACAGACAAACUAAACACCGAAUGCCGCCUAAUGCUAUCAGCAACGGCGGACUGCCUCACGCAACUCUCCCGCGGCGAAUUGGAAGCGCCAUACAGUGAUGCACGUAGCCGCAUCAGCACUGUCGCCGCUGCCGCCGCCGCCGCUGACCGUACUAAUACUGGAGCUCGCAGUGUGGACGACGAGCUGGCCGACAUGGACAAGGCCAUCGAGCUGGCUGCGGGACAGAUCGAGGAGAUGUUAGCGGCAAGUCGCGCAGGCGACUCGGGCGUCAAGCUCGAAGUGAACGGCAAAAUCCUUGACGCGUGCACCACGCUCAUGGCCGCCGUCAAAGCUCUAGUCCAAGACGCCAGGAAACUGCAGGCCGAGCUCGGAGACCCUGGGACCAGGCUGAAGAUGUACCGGCGCAAUCCUCAGUGGUCGGAGGGGCUCAUAUCGGCUGCUAAGGCCGUUGUUUUUGCUGCUAAACUCCUCGUAACGUCAGCGGACGAGGCAGUGAACGCGUCGGGUCGCGUGGAAGGCGUGUCCGCGGCCGCGCACGAGGUGGCCGCCAGCACCGCGCAGCUCGUAGCCGCCUCGCGCGCACGCGCCGCGCCGGGCUCCUCCGCGCUACAACGCCUGACGCAGGCCUCUAGAGCUGUCGCUGCUGCUACUGGGGCCGUGGUCGCUGCGGCUAGGGAUACUUCUAGACGACUCAACGAUCAAGAGGCCCUUGACACGUCAGCGCUAACGCUCACCGCAACGCGGAUCCUCGAAAUGGAGAGCAAAGUCCGCUCGCUGGAACUAGAGAGCGCUCUAGAGGCAGAGCGGGCGAAGCUGUCCGCGCUCCGUGCGAGGCACUACCAGCUCGCACAGAUGCAGGAGAACGGCGGCCUUACAAAUGGACAAGAGUGAAGAACAUUACGACUAAAUUCAAUCCUCCGCUACCUUCGACGUAUUGCACGCAUGUAGCAAUAGCAACGCAUUUAUCAGUAUUUUCACUGCACCGUCGACUGUUUAAUCAUUGCAUUUUUCUUUAAUGGCAUUUUAUACUUGCUAUACAACGAAGCUUUUUCGUAUAUUUGUGAGUUAUGUACCUUAUUGUGACCGAUGAGAGAAUCAUGUCUUCCCUGAAAAGGCUCAAUAGUAGCUAUGAAAUAACAUAUGAAUUUUCCUCUAGCCAUAGCCAUAGACUUCAUAACGUCCUCAGGCCCAUCAUACAAAAAAAAGUGGCAAUUGAAUUUGAAAUCAAUAGCGAAGGAAAUGUCGAAUUUCUUUUGUUUUAAAAUCAAACGACAAAAAGGAAUGCAAGUAUGUUACUAUUGAAAAUGAUUUAUACUUCAUUGAAAUAAUUAAAAUUAGUGUAGGUAGGACCGGGGGCCUCAGGAUAAAUAGAUGUUCGAAAACGAUUAUUUGUCAGUGAUAUUUGCACUAAUUUUUAUUAAAUCUAAACGGGUAACGAGAUUAACCCUUUUGCUGCCAAGCUCUCACUGUUUUUUAUCAUCUAUUAUAUAAACAAACAUUGGCAUUGAAACGAUUAAGCUCAUUCCCUGAAUAUACUUCACUAGAGUAUUAAAUUAACUUAAUUGUUUUGGAUAUGGAAGUUUUAACGCAUUUAUUGGCUAUGUGUACAACUGCGACGCCCGCCUGGUGACUAUGGACUACAUUUGUUAUUGGUGGUUGAUGAUUGACGGCAGAGUAUAAAAAAAAUCACAUUUCUUCGAUCGGAUCAGUCAAUUUUUUUUUUACUUUUCGCACCACACAUUCCGCAGUUGUAGCAUAGCUAAUAUCGCAUUUAUGAGUUUAUGAAUUAGAGGUCUUCUUAUAAAAAUGUCAAUUUAUUAACACGCAUUAGAGAGAAGGAUAACUAAAUUUAAUCAGUGUAUUGUUGAGGCUAGUGUAAAAUUAAGCUGAGUUGGAGUUAUUUUGUAAAUGAAAUAAACAUCUCAAUUUUGUGGACUUAGUUGUAUACCUAUCGAAAUAACUGUCUGUGCGAAUUCUACGCAACAAGAGAAUUAUCCAUCUUUUCUUUUCAUGAGACUGUGAGAGAGAAGAUAAUUUAUUGAUGUAAUGCAAGUACACCUAAUUACUAUUUCUAAUCAAAGGUAUGUGAACACAUAACGUGUAGAUUGUACUAAGUGUAUAGAUAAUCCAUGUAGCUAGAAACCCAUUAGGCUAACACGCCUUUAAACUGUUCCCAGCGUAAUCAACCUACCGCUCAUUAACUAGGUGUAAUUUUCGUAUAUCACUUUUAUAGGGUAAUUAAAGCUCUGCUCUCGACCACUCAUUGACUUGAAGCUUUUGAUAAAAAUGAUUAAUCGUUUGCGCAUGUUUGAAAUUGUCUAGAGUUAACAAAACAAUACGUACAUACAAAUAUCAACUUUCUUGUCUAUGCAAGAAGAUCCCAAUUGCAACAGCUAAUUGUACAUUAUGUUUUUGUCAUUUUUAUAUCUACUGUAUAGAGGUGUCUGAGACCUACUUACGUUUAGGAUCCACUGUUGUCUCUUAUGAAUAGGUACAUGAAACCCGUAGGUUAGUUUUAAGUAUUAAACGUAAAUAUACUCUCAAUUAAUGAAAUGGUAAUGACAGUAAAACAAUAAGAUCACUAAUCGGUAGCUGUAACUCGUAAUUUUUAUAAGUCCUUUUGGAUGUCUAAAUCGGAUUAAAUCUAGCUCCUUUGUAUUAAUUCAUAGCUUAUAUUUUGAUGUUUAAUAAUAAACUAUACACAAUA